UUGUGACAAGUUAGUCACUGUGAGGUUGAUUUGUGCACGUGCAGGUUUGAAAGUAAAACGCGGGAUCUGUUCAUCCUCACCAAAAUCGUAAAAUACGAAUCAUGUCGGCGGGAACAGAACUGGAGGAAUGGCUCAACAGGUCGGAAAAAACGUUUGGCGAGAAUUUACAGUUUGGCAUCAAAGUGUGCAAAUCACUGGAGUUUGUGCCGCAAAACAAAUAUGAAAUCGUUCUGAACUGGUUCGCGGACACCUUCCCAAGCAAGAAGGACGAAAAACUGGACAUGGGCCUGCUGGUCGACUUGGUCGGAGUCACCUUCCCGCAGCAUCUGGUGCUGGCUUCGAUCAAGGAGAAGACGGUCCAGGCGGUCUAUGAGUACGUGGCCGGACUCACUUCGGAUCCAGGCUCCCGGGAACCCAUCGAUCUGCUCCUGAAGCUGAGCGACAACCAGUCCUUCCAGAUAUUCUACCGCGGCAACAUGGACUGCUACUGCGAACUGCAACGCACGAUCUUCAAGCGCUACACAGAGUACUUCCAGUCGAAAACGGAUUUCUGCCCCAGCGCUGAGGCUGCCUUCUACGAGAAAGGAGUGACUGCGUUGAAGAACUUCCUCCGCAAUCAGGGCACGGGCCAGAAAGUUUUCAGAACUAGAGUCCUGGAGGCUCUCAUUGAAUCCGCGCUCUACAUGCUUUCCGAGAAAAGUUUCUACAGCGAAAUAAUGGAGAUCUUCGUCCAAAUAUGCUUCGAUAAAGUUGACUCGCUUUUGAGAACCGUUUACAGAGCUCCCCUGCAUGUGUCCAUGUAUUGCUUGGAUUUCAUUGUCAACCACCACCGCGGAGAGAAGCAGGAACUGGCGCAGAUAGUGCUGGCGUGCGAGAGGGACCAGUCCCCAGCGAAAGUAAAGCUGCUCCGGGCGGCGCACAUGUUCGACCUGUUCCGGAAAUAUGACGUGGAUUGCACUUUUGAAGUAGAAGAAAAGGAAAAGGCGGUGACAAGGCUGGCUGCCUACGUCGAAAAAUGUUUCAUUGAAUAUGCUUCGUCGAACAGGAAAGAGGUUCUCAUUCUUAUUUGCAGUGCUUUGAGGCUGAAUCCCAUGAGUCUGGAGAAGAUCAUGUUCCGAGUAACGAUCGAGUUCAUGCUUGCCCAGAAAUCGGAGGAUGAUUGGCAACAAUAUGUGGAGUUCCUCAUGCUCAUCGUCGAUGUGUUCAAGAAGCUCGGUCGCUCCGAAAAGUUGGUCCUGUAUUUGUUGAAAUCCUUGAAAGGUCAAUUGGGAGUGAGUGGGCUGAGCAGCUCCUUGAAACGCAAAUUAAAGAGCUCAGAAACAAGCGUCAUUGAUGAAGAUCCAGCACACAACGAAUUUGUGCGUAUUUUGCGCGAUCAAUUUGCGGAAUCCAAGGCUCCCAGUAUGGCAAGGGGCGGAAAGUGGAAGUACAUUGCUUUGGCUUGGCCACAUGAGAGUGUCGGUCAACACUUUACUGAAUUUGUGACAACGCUAAUGUCGAAGCCGUCGCUUGUUCUGUGGAAAACUUUGGCUUUCUCACUAGGCGAUAACGUUAAGGAACUCCGAAAGGCUCCUACAGAUGAAAAGAACCUCGUCAUCACUGACUUCACUUCUGCUUUACUUUGUCAAUACUUGGCCGGCACGCGACUACCCGAACAGACUGACAAGUUCUGGAAGGAAAUCCAGGCGACACGGGAAGUAAUGCAAACACAACUCCAAAACUUUGGUGAAAUGCUCCUUGAGCACGAGCACAACAACCGAACAAUGGACACAUUCUUGGAGAUAUGCCUGCACAUUGGGCACUACGAUUUGAUCACGGCCUUUUACUGCCCAGAGUCUGUUACAAUCGAAGCGCCGAAUCUCCAUGGAUAUCUCACCAAGGAUCAGUGGGUUUCCCUCGAACAGCGGAUAGUAAACUUCGGGAACAGCAGCACAAAGAACAACAUCAAUCAACUGCACCUGCAAAAGAUGAAAAUGAACAUUCUCUACAACAAAAACAGGAACGCGGCCGUGGACGUCAACCGCUAUCUUCUGAACCACACAUUCGACGACGCCAAACUAGUCAAAGCACUAUUUGAGGAUUACAACUCCUUCUGGCUGACCAAAUAUCUGUCUACAACCGACAAACAGAAGAUCUGCAAUUUGCUUAUUCCUGAUGACGCCGCUUUCGACCUGAACCUUAUACAAAAUUUGCUGGAGGACCGUGAUUUUUUGGAGCUUUCUAUAAUUCGACUUUACGAGCUCAUUUCGGGCUGUUUCGAUUCGAAGAAGUCUCUUGUAAAAAUGGCGGGAAGUGAGACCUCAGUGGCACAAAUUAGGGAUUCGAUUCAAUCCAAACUGGAAAAGUAUUCGAUAAAGCACUGCGACGCGGAGCGACUGAAGCGGAUUCUGCAUUUCUUGGUGGAUGCGGUUCCCAUCGGUUUUUGUAGUGCCGCACUCAAACCUAAAGUGUUCUCGUUAAAUUUGGCGUUGUAUCGGGACAGUCUAGCGGUGAAAAACGCUGAAAUAACUGAUUUGUGCUUCGAUGCAUUUGGAAAACUGCUUCACUUCGGCAAUCCGGUGAACAUUUUCGGAUAUUUCGACAUUCAAAUCUUUAUGAAAAUGUUUCCACCCCUACAAUACGGUCAAUUCUACAAAUUCAUCUUUGAAAGCCCCGGCAUAUGGAAUUCAAGCACGGAUUCAACCCUUUCCAAGCUAUACGACCACUUCGUAGAGCAUAAGCUUGCACUCAGCGAAGAGGACAUUGCGCUGGCGAUCAUUAUACUUCAAUACCAACAGCAAUGUCCGAUGAAAAACAUAAAAAUUCGGAUGGGAAAGUUCGUAGAAAUCUUGGUUGAAUAUAUAGAAAACUAUUUCGCGAAUUCAGAGGGCAAAGAGAUUGACCAAGAUAAGGCAUUCGUUCGGAAAACUGCUGCAAUCAUGCCGUUAUAUUUGAAACAUCUCAAGGUCAUAAACAAGGAUCUUGAGAGCUUUACGGAUAACAUCAAAGCCAUCUACAGGAAAUACGUGUUCUACUCGCAACACGAAGAUAUUUACACGAAACUGAUCGGCUGUGCUAUAGAAUUCAGGAAGCCACUUGCGUUCGACAAGGAUGAGCUGGAUUUGGUGUUACAUGAAAUGUGGAAGAAACUUUUGGCUGAUAUAAGACGGGAUGACAUUGACGAACAGAGGGCAGAAAAGGUUUUGAGAAAUAUAACGAGCUUCCAAACGACAGAGCAAUUUAUAAGAAUGUUCACUCAUAUUGAGGAGUCAUUGACUAACAGCCAAAGUUGUAAAAUGCUGCUUCACUUAACGAAAUGCUCACUGAGUGCGUACAUGGGAGCGGUGCUGAAUUCAUGUUGCCAUAUUUUGCUCUUUAACAAGAUCUCGUCACUUGAAGUUGGAGCAAAUGGUCGCUACGAAGAUGAUGCUUUAGUUCUUAGCAUCCUACAAGUCAUGGAGGCUUUGUGUUCCAACAAGAAGAAUCCCGUCGGGACCAGAUUCCUUGACGACAUUCUUACAUUUCUGAUGGACGUGAAAAUCAGACGAUACAGCGUCGAAGAAGGACCCACCGCGCGGAAAACUUUCCAAGAUCUCUACAAGCAAAUGGUCCGUGUUUGUUUAGAAUUAAUCCAUUGUCAAGGCUCAGUUGCGUUGAAUCGGGUUCCUCAAUUCGUCUAUGUGUUCCGAGAACUCUUACAGGCCCUUGUUACGUACAGAAGCGAGCGGUUGAAACUUUCCGACUUGGACGCUGAUGAACUUGAAGAGCUGUCGGGAUUGGGACAUGAUUUAGAGAACUUAAUGCAUGGCAUGGCUAGAUACCAAGUGGAAAUGAAGCGAGUGGCACCAUAUCUGCUUACGUACACCAUCAACGCAAUGAUCGUGAAUAGUAAAUCGACCGUACGGUUCCCGAAGAUCAAAUUACACAUUGAAAAUAUUUGCUACGAACUAAUAGCGUUGUGCGAUCAUCGUGUGAAAAGCUUCAUAUUGCGUUGCUCGAACGACGCAACAAGACAGAUUUACGAGAACCUCUGUAAAGAUUAUCAGAAAUAUCAAAAGUUCAAAGGAAAGGUGUAAUCCUGUAGAUUUACGGUUAGUCUUACGGUUUUUGUACAUAAAAUUUUAAUAUACAUAAUUCAGUGUUGUGAA